AUGGCAGGUACCUUUGACGUGGCCCCACCCCUUCUGUUGAGGCUGCCCCUGGGGGAGUGGCCCAAGGUGCUGGCCACUUCUGGGGUUCCCUGGUGUCCCAGGCCUCAUGCAUGUCCCCCUGCCCACAGCACAACAGACGUGCACACGGUGGCCUCCCUGUUGAAGCUCUACCUGCGGGAGCUCCCUGAGCCCGUGGUCCCCUUCGCCAGGUAUGAGGACUUCCUCAGCUGUGCCCAGCUGCUCACCAAGGACGAGGGGGAGGGGACUCUGGAGUUGGCUAAACAAGUGAGCAGCCUUCCCCUGGCCAAUUACAACCUGCUCAGAUAUAUCUGCAAGUUUCUGGAUGAAGUUCAGUCUCACUCAAAUGUCAACAAGAUGAGUGUCCAGAACCUGGCAACCGUUUUUGGACCCAACAUACUUCGGCCACAGAUAGAAGACCCAGUAACCAUCAUGGAAGGCACUUCUCUGGUCCAGCAGAUGGCCGUCCUGAUCCGCAAACACAGCCAGCUCUUCACUCCGAGGGCUGAGGAAGUGCCGAGCUCCCCAUGUGGGGGCCCACUGUGCACAGUGGGGUGGGGCUCCGAGGAGAUCCCGAGGGACGGCCAGCCGGAACCCAGCAGCCCCAGCAGCCCUGGUCUGCCAUCACACAGGACCUCGUCUCUGGAUGGGGCCACUGUGGCAGCACUGUCUAGAACCUCCCCCACGGGCCUGGGCAGCCAAGGCAGCCCUGCCGCCACCAGCCCUGGGAAGAAAGUGCAGAUGCUGCCCAACUGGAAGUCUUCCUUCUGGCAGUCAGGGUCUCGUUCUUGGAGCCCGAAGGUGGGCAGCCUCUCCCUGGAAGUGCCCAUCAUCUCCUCCGGAGGGAACUGGCUCAUGAACGGGCUGUCCUCCCUGCGCGGCCACCGCCGGCCCUCCUCGGGAGAACGGCUCAAGGACUCAGGCUCUUCGCAGAGACUCUCCACUUACGACAAUGUGCCCCCGCCCAGCGGCCUCUUUCCCAGCACCCCCAGUGUGGCUAGCACAGCGUGGUCCGGGGCCUCCUCUUACGAGGCAUCGGCCAGAGGCUCAGUCAGCAGCUGCACGGCCUGCCGGGCCAGUGACUCGUCUGCCUGCAGCUCCCUGCACACUGAGGGGGCCCUCGAGCCUUCCCCUUUCCCCAGUAGCAGCGAGGACUGCAGAUCCCCGGACCUGGGCCGUGGCCUGGACGAGGUGGGCACUUGCAUCAGCAGCAGCGAGCCCAGCGAUCCAGGCAGCCCCACCCAGGACUAUGCCCGCUGCUCCGAGGCUCUCCAGGACCUGGUCACGGAGCUCAGGGCGGAGCUGUGCCGGCAGAGGACUGAGUACGAGACCAGUAUAAAAAGACUCGAAGAAAGUAGUGCCAACCUGAGGAAACAAAUGUCAUGGCUAGAAGAAGAACUGGACCAGGAAAAGAAAAAGUACACAAUGCUGGAAAUAAAGCUGAGGAACUCAGAGCGGGCACGGGAAGAUGCGGAGAAGAGGAACCAGCUGCUGCAGAAGGAAAUGGAGGAGUUUUUUUCAACCUUGGGAAGCCUGACUGUAGGGACA